AUGGGGUCGUGUGGGUUGUGGUGGUUACGUGGUGGCUGGGCUCGCGGAUGCAAGGUUAGGAGAAGGGUGAAAUGUGGAAGGUGGAGAUACGGUGGCUACGGUGAAGGCGCGGAUGAGUGUGGUAGUGAUGGUGGAGAUGAGAAUAGGAAGCAAGGGAGUAUGGUGAGAGUGAAGAUGCAAAGAGGUGGGACUGGACCUAUGGUGGUGGGCUGCGGGAUGAAGGUUAAGGGUGGUGAGUGGAAGGUUGGGAUGCGAGGCCGCGAGAGGGAAGGAAGGUAUGAGUGA